UCAGCAGCUCCUGAGCAGCAGCAGCAGCAGCAUGGCCAGUGGAGGAGGAGAUGGACACGAAUGGCCUGAAAUCGAGAAGGCAGCUUCGGAAAAGAGGCGUGAGCUGGUGCUGCAGGGCCCGGCCGUGGACAGGAGGGUGUCCGCCGCGGGGGGACUGUCCUCUGCGGUCUACUCCCUCACUCUACUGAACUACCUGGAGGUGUCCCAGUGUCCCAGCCUCACGCAGCUCCAUGAGGACAUCCGCCUCCUGAUCAACCUGCAGAGCCUGGUGCUGUGCAGGAACAAGCUGGUCUCCGUCCCCCGAGUGGACACUUUGCAGGCACUGAAAGUCCUGGACCUGUCUGUGAAUGAGCUUGGGUCCUUACCGGAGGGUGUGUGCGGCCUGAAGGAGCUCACCACUCUGAACCUGAGCUGUAACCAUCUGGAGACCCUACCUGAGGGACUGAGCCAGUGCCCCAAACUGUCCACUCUCAACGUGUCCAAGAACCGCCUGAGCAGCCUGCCCUCUGACCUGUGCUCUGACAAGCUGGAGCUGCUCAGCACUGUGCUGGCAUCAGACAACCUCCUCCAGGAGCUCAGCCCGGAGGUCCACCGGCUGCCUGCCCUCAAGACCUUGGACCUGUCCAACAACAAGCUGAGUGAGAUCCCUCCAGCUCUGAGUGACUGCCCCAAACUCAAGGAGAUCAACUUUAAAGGGAACAAACUGCGGGACCGGCGCCUGGAGAAGAUGGUGAACGGGUGUCAGACCAAGUCUGUACUGGAGUACCUCAGAGGGAAGGCCCGCGCGGUGCCAGAGGGGGGCAGCAAUGGGCCCCGCAACGCAGAGAAGACUAAGAAAGGCCCCCAAAGCAAGAAGAAGGGCCGAGCGCCAGAGUGUCCCCUUCCCCAGCCCGAGGAGGUGGACGAUGUGGAGGAUGUGGCUCAAAUGCUGGUGCGUGUGCUGCAUGUGUCCUCGGCCCCGCCCGGCCUCACCGUGACCGUCAGCCCCGAGGUCAGGGACGUGCGGCCGUACCUGGUCUGCUGCCUGGUGCGCGGGCUCAACCUCCGCCCCGGCAACGCCCUCAAGAGGUUCCUCAUGGCCCAGAAUAAGCUCCAUGAAGACGUGUGUGGGAAGAGGACCACUGCUACCAUCGCCACUCAUGAUGUUCGCCUGCUCAAAGGCCCGCUGACCUACGGAGUCAAACCCCCAACCCAGCUAAAGAUCACAGCACUGGGGCGGAAGGAGAUGAGCGCCGUGGAGCUCAUCAGACACCUGCACCUGGAGGCAGAGGAGCUCAGGAAGCAGAAGAAGAGGCAGAACGUCACAGGCCUCCACAAGUACCUGCAGCUCCUGGACGGGAAACCUCUGUACCCCUGUCUGAUGGACGCUGAGGGGAGGGUGGUGUCCUUCCCCCCCAUCACCAACAGCGAGCACACCAAGAUCAGUAAGACGACGUCAGAGCUGUUUGUGGAGGUGACCAGUGCCACCAGUCUGCAGACCUGUAAAGAUGUCAUGGACGCUCUCAUUCUGAAAAUGUGCGAGCUCAACCGGUUUACAUCCGAACAUGCAGAAGAGGCGGGGUCAGAUGGGGAAGGCCACACCCCCUCUGACAGCUCCACCACUGAGCUGAUAGUGCAGCAGGUGCGGACAGUGGACCCAGACGGCAGCCUGAAGGUGGUCUACCCCUCCAAGACAGAUCUGACCAACUGCCCCGGGGUCACUGUCCUCUGGUAGUGCCCAAGUGUGCACAAAAACAACUGAAGCACUUACAUUUUGUUUAUUUCACAAAAUCAUACAAGAAGAUUACAAUUUUGCUACCCGUUAUAACAUAAACAUGCAGUAACCCUGAGUUAGCCACCUCCUGUACAUGCACUUAUUAUUAAGUUUUGUACUAAAAUAUAUUCCCUUAUAUUGUUUAAAUAAAAGUAAACUCCCACAUUAA